AUGCCAAGAGCAAAGCUGUGGCCAGAUGUGAUCACCUUUAACUCGACUAUGCGAGCUUUUGCUGGCACAGGCUCGAGUACGAGCCGGUGGCAAGCAGCCGGCUUGUUGUACCAACAGAUCCGCGAGAGUCGCUUGCAUCCCAGCAUCCAGUCCAUCAGCACGGUGACGGGCCUUUGUGGUCACGGAAAUGCAUGGCACGCGGCUUUGGCGUUCUUGAAUGAUGCUACAGAAGGGUCUUUGUCCAUUGAUGCUGCAUGCUACAGCUCGGUACUAGUUUCUUGUGCGCGCAGUCGACGAUGGCAGCGCAGCCUGCAAAUCUUCUGGGGGUUUGCAGAUAAAAUCUCACCUGACCUGGCCUGCUUCAACGCAGCCAUCAGUGCUUGUGAGCGAGGAGGUGACUGGAUAGGUGCUCUUUCUUUGCUCCAGAAGCUGCGCUCGUAUUGUCUCCAGCCUGAUCGGAUCACUCUCAAUGCUAUAAUCAGCGCAUGCGAGAAGGGCUCCCGAUGGCAUGCCGCUUUGGCCGUGCUCAGUUUGCCAGGCGCCGGAGGACCACCAUGCGUGAUGGAGGGCAUGAAUGCUGAUGCAGUCACUUUUACCGCUGUCCUAUCUGCUUGUGCCAAGAGCUCACUGUGGCAGGAUGCUUUGCAAACCCUCCAGAGACUGAAGCAUCAUCACUUGCAACCGGGACCGCUUCACAUAGCGACCGUGCUGGAUGCAUGUGCCCCAGACGGGUCUCGGAGUAGAAGCAUCGUGUCCAAGCUGGUUGCAUCCCUGCAUGCGUCGAUCGGGUACAUGCUGCAACAACGUGAAGGAAUCAAUGCAAUGGAGUCGCCCCAGACGCAGGCAAAGUGCCAGGAGAUCACCAAGCAUGUUGUUGCCGGCAUGGAGUGUCUGUCUCGGCACACAACUGCUUGUGAAAGGGAAGAUUUGGAAGCACUCUUCGACAAGGUUGUCUAUCAGCCUGUUCUCAAACGUUUAAACUGCCUGGUCGCACAAACUGAUGCGGCAGCGCGGGAAGCAAUCCUUACUGAUGGCCAGCUGGAAGAGCUCUACGGGUUCGGAGCACGCUACACCAGCAAGGCGUUGGCGGAUCUUGGGCUCAGCACUUCCGAUCCCAGCUGGCGCCCGAUGGCACAGCAGUUGACGCGGCAGGCAUUGCGGACCCGUAAAUGGCAGCGAAAGAAUGCCGGUGUUUGGCCUGCGCGUGCGUCAGCGCAAAUGCUGGUUGUCUGGUGUUCUUAUGAGAUUUAUGACGAGUCAGGGCUCGUCUGCGAAAACAAAGGGAAGCUCUUUUUUUCGGCGAAGACAGAUGCGACAGAGGUUGAUAGUGCUCGUGGACUGUCAGAGCUUUUGUUGGCUUCCGUAUUCGUGGAGCACGAUCGCUCGAUGCACGCCGAGCGUCAUGCCUUGUUGGAGGUUGCAAACUUGGUUGAGAGGAUGGGGUCACGUGAUGUUCAUGGCAAUGUGCGCCUCUAUGCGGUCCACACCCCUUGUAUAUCUUGCUUGGCAGUAUUUUGCCAAUUCCGCAGCCUGUUUCCACAAGUUGUUCUCCACGUGCAGUUUGAUGACUGGUCCGCAACUCGACAAGCGCUCGUUGAAAUGGGCGGGCGGCAUGCAAGCUUUGCCUCACCUGCGGGGAUCGUUGGCGUUGAGAUGGUACUCCUACACCGCAGCAGGGAGACACCUCAGCCAGAAUCACGACAGCCCAUGAGGCUUUGUGGUAUGGCAGAGGGCGAAGCUCUCCUCAGGACAUUUUCCGUCCCGGCGAAGACCUCGAAGAUCAAUUUCGUUUUGCCACAAAGUUGGCGAUUGGCACAGUGGCUGGGUUCCGGGGCGUAUGCAAAUGUUGCAGCGUUUCGGACUGACAUGGGCAAGGAGUAUGCUGUCAAGAAGGUCGAGCGUGUGUUCGACCAUCCGAUACUGGCGCUUCGAACUCUCCGAGAGGUCCGACUGCUUGCACACCUGCAGCACCCGAACCUGCUGCACUUGCACGAGCUGAUACUUCAUGGCUCCGACUUCAAGGAUGCUUACCUUUGCUUGGAGAGGAUGGACGGCGACUUGCAUGUGCUGAUCCAUGAAUCCAAGCAUUGUUUGAGUGGUCACCAGGUGCAGUGCGUCCUGUAUCAAAUGCUUCGGGGACUGCUGUGCCUACGAUGUGCACGCGUUAUCCAUAGGGACUUGAAGCCUCGGAACGUGCUAGUACGCUCUGGUGGGCAGGUGAAGAUCGGAGAUCUCGGCAUGGCGCGAGGCAUCGACUCGGAGGAGGACGGCCAUGACGCGAUGAUGCUGACUGAGUACGUGGUCACGCGCCACUACCGGGCCCCGGAGGUGGUGCUGACGGCCUCCAGGUACACCUACGCAGUGGACAUGUGGUCUGCAGGCUGCAUUCUUGGUGAGAUGCUCACGCGAAGGUGCAUUUUCGAAGGCAAAGACUCGUUAGAUCAAGUGAGGAAGAUUCUUGGCACCCUGGACUUCCAAAAGCCCGAGGACUUCGAUUGGAUUCCAGACUCAAGCCCAGCCAAGAAGUUUGUCCAGAUCUGCAACAAAUCUGCACAGGCCAGCAACGAGGGGCUCCGCGAGAUCGUUUCCAGCUGGGGCAUGCAGUCUUCCAAUGCCCUGGCAGUUGACCUGAUGGUAAAAAUGCUCCGGCUGGAUCCAGCCAGGCGGUUGGCAGUGGACGAAGCUCUGGAGCAUGGCUACCUGUCAGCCUUCAAUGCUACUGAAGACAAAGAUGUUGCUGAUGCAAGAGCCGUCUCUCAAAUGGAUUGGUCCUUCGACAAAGCGCUUUGUUUUGAUCGCAUGGGGCAGCCGAAGUCCUUCGAGGUAGACGCAUUCCGGCGUGCUUUUCACGAGGCCCAAGGCAACUGCGAGGCAACGUCCAGACGUCACCACUGUGACGUCACGACCGAUGCAGAAUACCAAAAAUUCUGUUCAUGCAUCUCCGAUGCCUUCUGCAAACCUUCGUGA